AUCCUCUUAAAUCUAAGUAUUAUUAAAGAAAUAGAUUCUACUGAGAGAAUAACAUGCAGGCCGAUGAGGGACAAUAUCUCAAACGGAAAGUGAAGCCAGGGAACGUUGACGUGCACCCCACAGAGAAAGCAUUGGUGGUGCAUUAUGAGGUGGAGGCGUGCAUCCUGGGAGAGAACGGAGACUCGGUGCAUGAGGAGCGCAAGGACUGCCAGAAGAUAAUCCGGCUGAGGAGUCUGAACGCCGGCACUGAUGUUCACUCGCUGGCCAGGAAGGUGGUGGAGGAGUGUAAGCUCAUCCCCCUGUCCAAAUUAGCCGAGGUGGAGCACCUGCUCUUCUACCUGCAGAACCGCAGGACGCCCAGCGGUAAAGAGAAGGAAGAGAAGAGGGAGGUCAGGCCGAGAGAGCUCACCCCCUUCGAGGGAAUGGAGCUGGACGAGGAGGCGAACAUCAACCAAAUCGACGACUACGUGGAGCUGCUGUACGAGGGAACGGCGGAGAAGAUCAGAGGCUCGACGCUCAUCCUGCACCUCGCCCGAAACCCUGAUAACCUGGAGGAACUCCUGCAGAACGAAACGGCGCUGGGCGCUCUGGCUCGCGUGUUGAGAGAGGACUGGAAGCAGAGCAUGGAGUUAGCCACCACCAUCGUCUACGUCUUCUUCUGCUUCUCCAGUUUCUCUCAGUUCCACGGCCUGAUCACGCACUACAAGAUCGGCGCUCUGUGCAUGAACAUGGUGGAACACGAGCUGAAGAGAUACGACCUGUGGCAGGAGGAGCUGGAGAAGAGGAGCAAAGCUUGUGAUGAAGACGCUGAGAACCAGAACCUGAGGAAGGAGCAGGAGAAAGCUUAUAAGAAGUACCAGAGUCUCCUGAUGAAGCAGGAGCAGCUGCUCAGAGUGGCUCUGUACCUGCUCCUGAACCUGGCCGAGGACCCCCGCACCGAGCUGAAGAUGAGGAACAAGAACAUCAUACAGCUGCUGGUGAGAGCGCUGGAGCGGGAGAACGAGGAGCUGCUGGUGCUCGUGGUGUCUUUUUUGAAGAAGCUCAGCAUCUUCUUGGAGAACAAGAAUGACAUGGCGGAGUUGGACACGGUGGAGAAACUGGCUCGUUUCGUACCGUGUGAACACGAGGACCUGCUGAACGUCACCCUGCGCCUCCUGCUGAACCUCUCGUUUGAUACGGGACUGCGCGACAAGAUGGUUCAGGUGGGGCUUCUGCCCAAACUCACCGCCAUGCUGGGCAGCGAGAGUCAUAAGCAGAUAGUGAUGUGCAUCCUGUACCACAUCAGCAUAGACGAUCGGUCCAAAUCCAUGUUCGCCUACACCGACUGCAUCCCUCAGUUGAUGAAGAUGAUAUUUGAACACAGAGAGGAGAGAAUUGAUUCAGAACUGAUUUCCUUCUGUAUAAACUUGGCCGCCAACAAGAGGAACGCUCAGAUCAUCUGUGAAGAAAACGGUCUGAAGAUGUUGAUGAAGCGAGCGCUGAAGUUCAAGGAUCCUCUGAUGAUGAAGAUGAUCAGGAACAUCUCACAGCAUGAUGGGCCUCUCAAACAGCUCUUCCUGGAUUACGUGGGGGACCUGGCGGCUCAGAUCAGCCCUGAGGAGGACGAGGAGUUUGUGAUCGAAUGUUUGGGGACGCUGGCCAACCUGACCGUCCCUGACCUGGACUGGGAGCUGCUGCUCAGAGAGUACAACCUCGUACCCUACCUGAAGGAGCGCCUCAAACCUGGCUCAGCAGAGGACGACCUGAUCCUGGAGGUGGUCAUACUGAUCGGCACAGUGUCCAUGGACGACUCCUGUGCUGCCAUGCUGGCCAAAUCGGGCAUCAUUCCUGCUCUUAUAGAGCUUCUGAAUGCUCAGCAGGAAGACGAUGAGUUUGUGUGCCAGAUCGUCUAUGUUUUCUACCAGAUGGUUUUCCAUCAAGCCACCAGAGACGUUAUCGUCAAGGACACACAAGCUCCUGCUUACCUCAUCGACCUGAUGCACGAUAAAAACUCUGAGAUCAGGAAGGUGUGUGACAACACGCUGGACAUCAUCGCUGAGUAUGACGAGCAGUGGGGCAGUAAGAUCCAGUGUGAGAAGUUCCGCUGGUUUAACUCUCAGUGGUUGGAGAUGGUGGAGAGCAGAGAGACGGAGGCUGAGAUGUUCCUGUAUGGAGAAGAAACUCUGGAACAACCAGAUCUCUUCUACAGCACCGAUGGAAUGCCCCCUGAUGCAGGUUUGAGUCCCGACCCCUACACUCAGUUCCACUCUCAGAACGGAGACUUCAGCGCCUGUAACGGGGUGAACCUGCGCCCCCCCACGGCGUGUGGAUUUCGCCCGGACGAAGCCUUCUACCACUGAACGUCCAGCCGAUCAUCAGCUCCGUUCCUCUCAUCACAGGAGAUUCAAAGAGGAGCGAGAAAACAAAGAUAAAGGUCCAAAUAAAGGCGUUUAGAUUAAAACAAUCAGAUUAAAACUUCCACUACUGACUAAAGGGGCUUUAAAUUGAACCUUCAGGUAUGAUACGUGGAGUCACAAGUACAUGAGCGUCCUCUACACGCUAAUCUCAUACAUCGGCAUGUUCUUAACAUACGGCCCACGAUGCACAGGUGCAACCAGCACUUUAAUGCUACAUAUUUAAUAUUUCUAUAUACGACCGCAUGUUCUGGUCACCGUCUGAUCAUAAGAAUUUGUUUUUCUAAUAUAGUUGCAGUUUUAUUCCCAUAUUAUUUAAAGCCGUGUAUAUUUUUUAUAUGUAGUUUUCUUAGAUUUGUUUAGAUUUGUUAGGUUAAACUGGCUGCACUUUAAUUUUACUCUGAAUGAAUUCCACUCCACAUGCUGUAAAAAGAUGUACAUACAGAAAUAUACUUGUUUAUAAUUACGUUGUGUUCAUUAUGCUGUACUAACUCCAACACUAACUCUAUUACCUGUCCAUCAUCUCAUUAAAACACUGUCGUGUAAGCACGCUA